CAUUUAAAGUGCCGGAAUACCAGGUAAAUAUACUGUACCAUUUGCGUUUGUUGUUCUGUAGAUACAUCUAAUUCAUAUGGUUCCCCAAUAUCAUAUAUCUAAAAUACAGAAAAUACCUAAAAAGCAGCUUUUCAUUAGACUGGUUCUUUUUAUGUUUAAACUCUACUGGUUGUGGGAUGUCAUUGUUUGAUGACCAGCCAUUUUUCCUUCUGUUCUGACUUCUAAGGUCCAUGAUUAUUUUCCAUUUCCCAUUGCUCUAUCGUGGAGAGUUGCCACUUCAUAUGCUCAGAAUGGAGGAGCAGAUAAUCAACAAAGUGCCAUUGUCUUUCCAAAGGGGAAUCCAAUUCAAGCUUAAAGGCUUUGACAGUUUAUAAAUCAUGGAACCUUCAUAAUUGAUGCUCAAUAUGCUAAUCCCACCGAUGUGCAGGAAUGGGUAAAGAUUAGCACGUACACGGUAAUUUAUCCACCAACUAGACUGGUAUUUUAUGUGUGGACUAAGACUUGGUUCUUGAGAUAGAUGUUGAUGUCUAUGGUUAGAUUGGCCCUUUCCAACGGGAAAAGUUAAAGAUGAAAGUUCGUCUAAAUCUACAUGGAAUUGUAUCAGUUGAAUCAGCCACACUUUUGGAAGAAGAGGAAUUUGAACUUCCAGUUGUUAAAGAUCAAGCAAAAGAAGCUACUGGGAUAGAAACAGAUGCCAAGAUGAUCCAGCAGGUAAUUGGAGGUAGAGAGAGAGAGAGGAGGGAGGGAGCCAAAGAAUUUACCUGGAGAGGGAGCUCCAAUAAGGGCACUCCAAAUCGGCCACGAACUUCACUAACCGUUUCGAAGGGAACCCUACCCCUCGCCAAAUCUUCAAGCAACAUAAUCACGUCAAGGAGAAUCUCAGCUCCGUCCAGCUCAAGCUUGGCCUCCACGUAAGACGAAUCCCUCGCCUUCACGCUGCCAUGCCCGCAUUUCUUGGAGCCCAGCUUGCUUCCCCUGUAACCGAUCGACACCACGAGCCGGUGGUAGUCGAUGGAGUAGAGAUCCAAGUUUUGGAGCUUCACGAUCAGGCUCAACGUGACGUCCAUGGACACGGUGGGGACGGUUCGGAUGUGAAUCCGGUCGAGGCUGAGGCGGACGAUCUUGAUGUCAGGCUCCGACGGCCAGAGGCAGUAGAUCCCGACGCCGAGGAGCAGGAGGAAGAAGGCGGCGCAGAGCGCGAAACGCCACCGGUGACGGUGGCGAUGGUGGAGGACGGCGACGUGGCUGUGGAGUGGGAGAACGACGAAGUUUAGGUGGUGGGGAGGGAUAGGGCUGUAACAGAGUGGCUCUGCCUCUGCGUCGUCGGCCACCGGGGAGACCAUGGCUGGUUGAAGAAAGGGUUGUGAUGUUUGGGCGGGAGAUAUAGCGCUGUUGGAGUUGGGCGUUGUACGUAGUUUCUAGGAAAGUGAGGUGGGCCCCUGUUUCCGCCCUUGCUGGGCUUACUGUUGUUUUCUUGCCUUGAAUUGAUUGUUUGUUUUUGGGGACUUCUUCCUCAAGUCUUUUAUUUCUUUUUCUUUUUAUUGUCUUGAAGUUAAAUUGACUAAACAAAAUCCACUUAAAUUGUCAAAUCAAAAAAGAAAUGGUACCUUAUAGCUAAAUUAAUAAAUU